AUGUGGUUGGAUCUAGCCCUCAAAGGUAUCGGCCUUGCCUCCACGAUCAUUGCAACCUUGCGAGCUGGAUCUCGAUUGGCCUUUCUCGCUGAGCACGAUGCCAUCGGAAUCCUGGAAGGUCCCACAAUCACACGCCCGUCUAUCAACGAAAGUGACAAGGAAAAUGAGAGUGGUGCAUCCUUGUUUGAAAUUUCCGAAGCCUUCCGACACUGUGUUCGAUUGAGUUUUGCACCUCAUUAUUACCACAAUGUGCAGUUUCAACAGCCAGUUUCAGCCGUGGUAGAGCCAUAUCCAUUGUCAGGGCGACAUCAUCCAGAUAUUCAGCAAGGUUAUGACGAAGCAGAUGGAAUUGAAAAGAAGGAGACAAUACAAGAAAGAACGGAGGUAAUAGCAGCAAUGCUUGAAGGUGCCAAUUCAACUCUAAACCAAACUUUAUCCGAUAUGAAUGAUGCAGCCUUGUUGGAGUACGACGAAACUACCAGCAACGAGAAAGCGCCAAUAGAAUCCACAAUAUAUUCCUUUUCCAGACGACUAGCUUUUGCCGCCAAUCCACUCAACGGGGCCCGUGUCAUUGCUUCUUGGAUUCCACCUGCAAUCCAACAAUCGCAGCAAUACCUGGUGGCAACGCCAAAGCUGGCUUCCUUUUAUGCCAAAAAAGCCCUUCACAAAGCACCAAGUGACGAUGAAAAGGACAAUCUCAUGUCAGAGUGGGACCAUGGUUCUUCUACGGAAGCAGAAAUAGAAUACCAAACAUCGUUCGGAAAAGAAAAUGUAGCAGAACUUUCCGUCUUUUGCCCAGAGGCCUUUGCCAAUCUCCGUUCCACAUUUGGAAUCUCGGAAGAUUCAUAUCGCAAUUCCAUUUUUGGAUCAGGCCCAUUCGUUUCCUUCCAGAGCAACUCCAAGGGUGCAGCAAGAGUGGGUGGAGUUUUCUUCUUCACACGAGAUGGUGCAUACAUGAUCAAAACGAUCAAGACAGAAGAAGCCAAAACCUUUUUGGAAAUGUUGCCAAAGUACCAUCAUCACAUGAAACGAUUUGCGAGGACAUCGCUACUGACACGAUUCUGUGGCAUGUACGGUGUCCGAAUACACGAAAAAGGCUCUCUGGACAGGGGUCAAUUGCAUACAUUUGUCGUCAUGAAUGCAGUCUUUCCUGCCGAGGCCUCAAACUUUGUGUCGGAACGAUAUGACUUGAAGGGAAGCACCGUUGGAAGAGAAGUAUCGGAGGAGGAAUUGGAAAGAAAGGGUCGGGAUGCCGUUUUGAAGGACUUGGACUUGGCUCGGGAGGUCGAUUUGGUGCGAUCGCUUCAAACCGAAAGCAAUUCAGGCGAAUAUGGAUUUACUAUUGGAGCCACAGCCAAGGCUGCCUUGUUAAGUCAAUUACGAGAAGACGUGCGGUUGUUGGUCGACUGUGGAGUCAUGGAUUACAGUCUGUUGGUGGGUGUCGUGAAUAUGGCAGGAAAACACAAGCAAGCCAAAUACACAACCGAAGCCUUGUUGGCAAUGCAGAAACAAGGGAUUCAAUUGGAUCGCCUCGAAGCUCCUCCACCCAGCAAGAGGCUGGAUAAGCAAGCCCUUUCUUUCUUGGGGACUCCACUUCGAUUGCUUUUGGCACCUCCCACAUCGGUUGUACGACAGGCUUGGUAUAUGACUCAAAACACACUUUCCUCGGUGAUCACACUUCCCCUUCCGUAUUAUGGUUCUGGAAACUGUGUUGUUGAUGGUGGGUCGUAUGCUAUCAUGCACGGAAAACGACGAGGUGAACGUGCCCUCUAUUACAUGGGACUGAUAGACUUUCUUCAACCUUGGACCACGAGGAAACGAAUCGAACGGAAAUUAAAGGGAUUGGCGGGCUACGACACUGCUGCAGUCAGUUGUGUAGAUCCUGAAGCAUACGCCGAACGGUUCCUGGAAUUCUUAGACGCUAACAUAUCAUAA